AUGAACGAAAGUAUCCAAAUUGAGUGCAAUUACAAAGGAGGAGAAGGAAGGUGCGGGAAAAGAUAUUUGAGGAAUCCGAUUAGAACGGAAUUGGCGAAAGAGUUGAAAAUCAAUUCUGCACUAGUGACACGUUGUGGAAGAGCCGAUGAACUAAUGGAAGAAGGAGAUGUGGAGCCUCCUCAUCUUUAUUCUCUGAAUAUUCUACACAAAGCGAAACAAGAACUGAUAUCUUCAGAACAUGUACAUAAAGAUCCAUUGAUGGCACUUUGUCUUUUGAAAGUGGGAUCUCUUCAAGGAUCUAUCCAUAAUAUAGGGAUGGACCCAUUUCAUGUACAUUUUUGGAGUGCCCAUCAACUACAUGUUUAUCGUUCAACGAUGAAAAGUGGACAUGUUACUCUUUCCAUUGAUGCCACUGGAGGAAUUAUAAGAAAGAUUUUGAAACCCAAUGGAGAUAUGUCACAUAAUAUAUUUUUAUACAACACAGUGGCAUCAACUGAGCAUAGUCAUUAUCCUCUAUUUCAUAUGCUUAGUGAGAGUCACAAUACAAACGCCAUUGCCUAUUGGAUAGGUGAAUGGUGUCGUAUGAAUAUUCCCAUUCCGAAAGAAAUAGUAUGUGAUUCAUCUAAAGCCCUUCUCACAGCCAUUGUGAGGGCAUUCACUGGAUUUUUAACAGUCGAAGACUAUGCUAAUGCAUUAAUUCAUCUCAAACUACCCUGUUAUGUCCGCUUGGAUGUGGCACAUUUCAUUAAAAUGUAUGUGAAUUUUUUAAAGGGAAUUAAAAGCAAAGCCGUGAAAAGUUUAUAUUUAUCUUGCAUUGGACAAAUGAUUUUAUGCGAAGAUGUAGAUACCGCUGCAAAACUACUGUUGUCGAUUUUAACAAUUGCUCGAUGCAAAACAAAUGGACAAAAAAUGACCACCGGUCAGGAAACGGAGUGCACAACACAUAAAAAAAUGUUGAAACAGUACUUAGAUCCGAAAUAUGAUGAACAUGAUUAUUACCCAGAAAUGAAUGUGGAAGAUAGUAUAUUCAACUGCAAUGACUAUCACAAUGAAUGGUCGAAAUGGGCAAUAGAUAUAGAUAUUCGGGCUAGGGAAAUAGCAGCAACAGAAGAUGGAGAUGAUGAGAAUGCUCACUACUUUCCCGAGCUUGCUGAUCGGUUAGUUAGUGACAUGAAAUGGCUGCCUCUCUGGUCUUCAAUUUAUCGCCACAAAUUUGGUUUUGGAAGACAUCCUGCAACCAGUGCACCAGCCGAAAUAGAAUUCAACUUAGUGAAAAAUCAUGUGUUCAAACUAUUUCCAAAGCCAGUUAGAGCUGAUGUAUUUGUUGAAACUUACAUGAAAUACCUUAGUGGAAAAAUCAAAAUAGUUGAUGCCUCUACACGAUCUUUAGAAAACAAAUCAACAAGUAAAGAAAAUCAACAAGGCUUAGAAAACCAUCAACAUCAGUCUCGACAUCAGUUGAAGGAUAAUAUGCAUAUUUUGAAAGACAUCACCAAUAAAGUAGAAGUAGAUUUUGACACUGAGAGUAAUCAAGAAACCCAAUGUGAGGCUAUAUCAGUAUUGCAAGAAAUUGAGGAUUGGGGAGGAUUAGCUUCAGAAGCGAUAAAAAAUAAAUCAAGAUAUCUGCGACGAAAUCCCCAGACUUAUGACAAUAUAAUAUUAUCAUCUGAAAACGAGAGAUUAACAAAAAUUCCCAUAUUGAAAAAUGGAAAUAAUCCCUAUUUGCAGGCAGUGAAAUUCAAAGAAAAAGAAUAUUCGUUCACGAACACAUGCGCUUUCGAUAGUCUCGUGCAGAUAUUUCUAGUAGGAGUAUGUGACGAUCUUCAUCUGAGGGAGAUUUUUAUGGGCCUGAAGGACAACAUGAAAUUUGCUGAAUUGAUAUUAUAUAUUGCUAACAAGGGUACUACUCAACAUGCCUAUAGAAUGAGAGCAGAAAUCUUGAGAAACCUAUUCGAUACGACAACGAAUCAGUCUUUGAUGCAGAAUGACAAAUAUCAUAUAGUGAAUUGUGAGUCCAAUAUCGUGACGUUAGUAUGCAAUAUAUUUGGAGGAUUGCCAAGCAUCCAGGAGUCGACGAGUUGCGAUAAAGGAUGUCCUCCAAAAAUAAAGAAUUUGAGAAUUGUCAGCAUUGAUCCGUUAUGUAUGACAACGAGUAAAUUAAACAAUGCACUUUCAGAAUUCAGUUCACAUGAGCCUCGCCCUUGUUCGAGGAUGGAAGGAUGUUCCGGUACUGAACAUACGAAAGUUAUCAAAACAGGGAAGAUAAUUUUCAUGGAACCCAUUGAUUUUGGAAUGGAAUCACCUUCUAUAGUAAUUGAAAAAAUUGGUAAAGAGCUGGAUAACCCCUGCAUCAACAUCCAGCCAAACCAAACUAAUUUUAAAUUUCUUGGCUUGGUCAACUACAAACAGCCCCCAAUGAACACAAGAAAGUCAUACGACGCAGGGAUGGGACAUUACACGGCAAUAACUUUAAGGAACAAGAAUUAUUAUUUCGAAUUUAACGAUCUAGCCGAUAAACCUAAGAAAAUUAUGUCAACAUUCAAGAGUCAUCCACAUUUACUAGUAUAUCACCAAAAAUAG